AUGGCGGCGCUCAGUGAGGCGUCGGCGGGCUGCCGGCCGGCUCCCUGCAUGGCCCUCCGCCUGGUGGCCCGGUGCUCCCGUUCCAGGGCCCGGGCUUGUGAGCUGCGGCUCCCGCAUGGCACCGUGCCCACGCCGGUCUUCAUGCCUGUGGGCACCCAAGGCACCAUGAAGGGCAUCACGGCGGCGCAGCUGGACGGGCUGGGCUGCCGCAUCUGCUUGGGCAACACCUACCACCUCGGCAUGAGGCCGGGUCCCGAGCUCAUCCGGAAAGCCAACGGGCUGCACGGGUUCAUGGACUGGAGCCACAAUCUGCUGACUGACAGCGGGGGCUUCCAGAUGGUGUCCCUGGUGGAGCUGUCAAAAGUGACGGAGGACGGAGUCUGCUUCCGCUCGCCCUACGACGGGGAGGAGAUUCUGCUGAGCCCCGAGAAGUCAGUGGAGAUCCAGAAUGCCCUGGGUUCAGACAUCAUGAUGCAGUUGGACGAUGUGGUCAGCAGCACAGUGACUGGUCCCCGCGUGGAAGAGGCUAUGCACAGGUCCAUCCGCUGGCUGGACCGCUGUAUUGCUGCCAAUCGGCAUCCGGAGCGGCAGUGUCUGUUCGCCAUCAUCCAAGGGGGGUUGGACCCGGCCCUGCGAUCCAUCUGCCUGGAUGAGAUGACCCGGCGGGACGUGCCUGGCUUUGCCAUCGGGGGUCUGAGCGGGGGGGAGAGUAAGGAGCAGUUCUGGCGGAUGGUGAUGCUCAGCACCGACCGGCUCCCCCGAGAGAAACCCCGCUACCUCAUGGGCGUAGGUUACGCCAUCGACCUGGUAGUCUGUGUGGCCCUCGGCUGCGACAUGUUCGACUGCGUCUUCCCCACCCGGACAGCACGCUUCGGCUCAGCCUUGGUCCCCGAGGGGAGCCUGCAGCUACGGAGGAAGCAGUUUGCGCGGGAUUUUCGGCCUGUAGACGACACCUGUGGCUGCCCCACCUGCCGGAGGUACAACCGCGCCUUUCUGCACGUCCUGCUUCAUAGCAACAACCCUGCUGCCCUACACCACCUGACCAUCCACAACAUCAACUAUCAGCUGGAGCUGAUGCGGGCCAUCCGGCAGAGCAUCCUGGAGCAGCGCUUUCCUGCCUUUGUCCGCGACUUCGUCACGACCAUGUACGGGACUGUGGCCGGCUGCCCGGCCUGGGCCGUGGAAGCCCUGGGCUCCGUGGGCAUCACCCUGGACUGAUUUCCCUCAUUCCCCACCCUCCCAGACUGGCCGCAAACUGGACUCUUUUCCCCCCACCCCUAGACCCGGACGAACUCACUCCCGGCAAGGGCGAAGAUUAAAAGUUUGGUUUUCCAUUGGA